AUGAUCAAUUCACGUGCUGUUGAAGGUAGUAGUACGGAGACGAUAGAGUUACGUUCGAGGAAUGCAAAUAAGAAUAAUGGGGAAGGUCGAAAUCGAUGGGAUAAGACAAUAAUUGGCAAUAAAAUUAUUGUCGAGAAGAAGUUGAGACCCGAUGAUAAUUUAAACAAAAUUGCCGUACAGUAUUCUGUUUCGCUGUCCGAUUUAAAAAGGGCCAACAACAUCGUUUCUGAACAGGAUAUUUAUGCUAUGCCAUUUAUCAAAAUACCAGUGAGCAAAUUACGAAAAGAACUGGAUUUGGAACACGGAAGUAAUUUAUUAGGUAACGAUAAUCACAGCGAACCAACGGCAGAGGAGUUAGAUGAUGAUAGGCCUCUUUUGAGUAAUAAUGAUUUAUCUGAUAAAAGUGUCGAGGAGUUGUUUGAAAAAACAGAUGCUUAUAUUGCUCAAAUACGGGAUAAUUUAUCAACUGAAAAUACAGAUGACACUGUUCAUUUCGUGGAUGCGAGAUCUCCUGACACUACUUUUAAGGGACUUUGGUUUAUUGUGGUGUUCGUCAUUUUCAUAUUCAUCUUUGUACCAUUAAUACUGACAUUUGUGGAAGAACGAAAGACGUCUCAUGUUGCCAAGAAGAGUUUUAUGAAAAGUUGA